GAAAACAAAAUGGCGAGUGGGCGUGACUCUGCAAAGCUCCAGGCAGCAGAGAAACUUGAAGAAGAAGCCAAGAAAUGCUUAAAGACCAGUUUGUUCAAGUGGAGUCCAGAUUAUGAAUCUGCUGCCAAUAAAUUUGAGAAAGCUGCUAUUUCUUAUCGUAACUGUCAAGUCUAUGAUAAAGCAGUUGCUGCAUAUUUAAAAGCAUCAGAAGCUUAUUAUGACAAUAAUUCCAUUUAUCAUUCUGGCAAGAGUCUUGAACAAGCUGCUAAUGUUUCUCGGGAUGCUAAAGAUUUAUUAAAUGCUGGACAGUACAUGAGUAAAGCCUGUGAACGGUUCAAUGAAAGUGGUUAUCCUGAUACUGGAGGUCAAGUACUAGCUAAAGCAGCAAUGUGGCUACAGCACGAGCAUCCUGAUAAAUCAGCCGAGUAUUACAUACAAACAGCUGACAAUCUUCUAUUAGAUGAUAAGAAGAGGGAGAGUGGUAAUGCAAUGAAAGAUGCAGUCAGAAUGUACUGCAGAGUAAGACCAAGACAAUCAAACAAAAUAAUUGAAACUUGUCGUAAAGCUCGCGAGAUAUUAUUAUCAGCUGGAAUGAUCAACAUAGCCCAUGAAUUGGUAAGUGUUGAAAUUGUAGCAUUGUUGACUGAAGGUAAUGGACUACAGGCAAAGGAAGUGUUGCAAGAAUGUGAAAAUAUUGAGGGGUUUUCUACCAGUGAGGAUUACACAGUACUGGAUGAGUUGAUUGAUGCGGUUACUAAUAAUGAUGAAGAAUCAAUAGCACAAUCUUGUAACAGUCACAUAUUCCGAGCUAUGGAUCCUGAAUUUGCCAAGUUCGUUCGUGAUCUUAAAGAUGGUACAGAAUCAGCUGCUCCAGUUAGAUCUGCCCCUUCAAAGAAAGGAGAAGGAACGUCCUUCAGUAGUAAAGCUGGUCCUGUUAACAUGAAGGACCCAUCAGUACUAGCUGACAGAAGGAAUGAACUGUUUGCUAGGAAAGACAAGAAACAGACUACUGGUAGUGUGAAACAGCCAUCACCACCACGUCGACCUGAUAUUGAUCAUAACACUGAUACAGAUCGUACUACUAAUCCUGAUACUGAUCGUGAUCGUGAUGAUCUAGUUACUGAUGUUGAUCCUAAUCCUGAUGCUGAUCCUGAUCAAAGUGCUGAUCGCAAUACUGAUGCUAAUCCACCUGGUGAAGAAGAAAGUGAUGAUGAUGAUCAAAACAUUGAUAUCAAUUAAUUAUUAUUGAUUUUAUAAUAGAAAGAAACAUAAUGCCUCAUUUAAUUUUCAUUGAUGUUUUAUUCAUUAUUGUGUGCUAAUUUAAUUUUGUUUGGAAGCCACACCUCAA